UCUGUCAGCUGAUUGGAAGACGUCAAAGCAGUCAACAAAGCCAUGCGCUCAAUGUUUUGAUGGUUUAGUUCUCCGACUGGUGCUCGUCUGGUGUGCGCGUUGGGUUGGUGUCUUGUCCCUUGACGAUGCCGUUCAUUUCUAAAGACUGGAGAUCUCCUGGGGAGGAGUGGGUUAAAACAGAAGAGGGAUGGGAGAAAAAGAAAAUACUUGAAUGUGGGCGGCAGAUUAACGGCAGUGCGCAGGACAACAUGGAUACCAGAUGCGGCACCACAGCCCUCGGAACGUUCAGCGCAGACCUGAGCUUCUCCAACAGGUGGAUGGACGAAGAGGACAAGGAGAACAUGGUGACGGAGGAGUCGCAGCCUACAGACACGCUGGCCAUCGCGCAGAGCAUCAGCAGGGGCGCCUCUGAUGGGACAGUGAAGCCACAUUGCCACAUCACAAUCAAGUGUACACGAGAGAUAGCUGGAUUCAAUGGACUGAGUGAUGCUUUUAAGCGUCUUGACUUUAGGAAUGCAGUUCAUGAUGUUAGACGUUUCAACUAUAUCUGUAAACUUCUUGAUCUCUUGAUCUCACAAAAGCUUACCAUGCUCUCUGGUUGUGCACAGAAGGUACUGUUCAACAUGCUGGAAGAAGUUGCUUAUCAAGUGUCUGCAAGCCAACAGAACAUCCAUAUGCUUAACAAACUGCUGCAACAGCUGAGGAUGAUGAUUGACUGCGCAUGUUGGGGUCGACCUCUGGGCAGCACACUUUUGUGGGAGCAGCACUUACGAACAAUAAAUCGUAUACUCUCUAUAGCCAACUGUAUAGAAAUCCGUGAGCCAGGUGAUGAUGUCUUCCCAAAGCUACAGAACUUGCCUGAAGAAUGUGUCCGUGAAGUUUUACUCCGUCUUGCUGACCAUAAGGAUUUAGAGAGCAGUGGACGUGCCUACAGUGUCAUGCGACGGCUUGUUGAUGAGCAGCGCAUCUGGCGAGAAUUAUGUCAGUUCCAUUUUACACAACAACAGAUUUCUCAUGUCCAAGGAGGACAGUCUCCUCCUCAUGACUGGCAGAGCACAUACCACAAACUUCGAAAAGCCUUUGGUUUGCGAGAAGAAUAUGCAGAAAUGAUACAAUUGUGUAGAAGUUGCCGCUGUUUGUUUUGGAAAUCUAUUGGACAUCCUUGCAUUGUGGACCAAGAUCCAGAAUUCCAGGAGAAGUUGGAAAAUGUUGACAAGAACACACUUUAUGUACCCAUACCACCUCAAGCCUUCCUGAAAUUCUUCUCUCUGUGAUAUGGGAAAUUCUACAGAAGAAUUUAUUCUGCAAGAAGAGAAAAAAAUUGGAAGGCUAAUGUUGCAGUCAAGAUCUGAAGCAGCCUUUGUUCAUAGACUCUACAUAAACUUGGUGCAACAUUGUUAAAAAUAGUCCAGCUCUGACGUUAAAACUGCAUUAAAAUAAACAUAUAAAAAGUGAAUCAUAUGAACCUUUAAAAAGUGACUUAUUUUUGUGUGGUUUUUGGAAAUGUUGGGGUUAAGCUUAAAAUGUAUUUCUAUUGAGAAUGAAAUAAGUUUUGAUUAAAUUCGUAACAGUUUUAGAGAGAUCAGUGUUCUUGUGAUUACAUAAGAAACAGUCAUUGUUUGUAAAUACAAAUGUACCAUUUACUUAAUUUCUGGAGAUGUGUAUGAUAAUUACCUUGUAAUCAGUAGUUGUGCUAUUCACUAGUCAAGACACAAUAUGUGCCGUAGCUGGCAGCUAAACUGAUUAGAUUGAAAGUAAGCCAAUGUAUGUGUCUCAAUCUUGACAAGUUCAGUAUUUUCUUACGUACACUGGAAUUAUAUUGCAACUCACAGCACUUAAAUAUGGGAAGCUCAUGAACAAUUCCACUCAUUUCAGUAGUAUCAUUACAGUGUUUAUAUGAGUGUAAAAAAACUUUGAGAAAGCUCUAUGAAUUCUGAUGGUUAAAGAAGUGUCAUUUUAUUUUGUGCUGUUGUCAUUUGCAGUGUUCCUUUGUUUCAUUUUGUGAUAUUAGAAUGUGGUGAAAGUUCAGCUCAUUUCAAAAAAUUUGUUUAGUUGGGUUAUACACAUGACAUCUUUCAAAAUGUAUUAAUUUGAUGAAAGGACAAUAUAAACUGUACAAUAAUCUUUUGUCUUCCAAUGUAUGGUAAUUUAGAUCUCAAUUAUAAUUUUACACUAUGAUCUAAUAUUGGUUGAGCUGUUUGAAUAAUUAUUAUUAGAGUUCAUGAGUGGCUCUUGCUUAUUUGAGCUGUGUUGUGAUGUUCACACAAUUCUUAUUGUAUAAGUACAUUCAACUCUUAGCUUUGAACCAAACUAUUAUGACAAAGAAUUUUUCUGCUAUGUACUGGAUAGCAUUUUAUAUUUUGAAAAUUCUGUUGUUUCUACAGUGACUUAUCAGUUCAGAAAGCAAGGUUCAGAAGUACAUUAAAUGUGUUCUGUGAACAUUUUUAUAUCAUUUAUUUGACAUUGACUUAGAUGAAUAAAGUUUUGAAAUGAA